GGAGAACACCUCAAUAAGGUGAAGACGGUAAAGAUGGAGCUCCUGAGAGUGCUUGUCAGCGAGUGUUUGUCUGCAGCCGCAGAGGAGAUCUUCAAGAUUGUGGAGAGAACCAUUAUAGACUAUGAAAAGGAACUGUCCUGUUCAAAGUGGGUGGUGGACAGCCACCGCAGACUGCUGGAUGCUGCCAAGUCACACAGUGAAGACUCUCUCCACACAUCUGCCACAGAUGUGAAGCUGCAGUCUGGUCAGCAGCAGCCCGCUGCCAGUGUGAACGUCAGUGUGUGCUGGGAUGAACCAGAAACCACCACGUCAGAGCCAAAAGAGCACUAUCCCAACAUCAACGCCACUCAUCAUCCUGCGAGUGACAACGAUCCCAGUGAUCAGGAGAUUGUCAUUGAUCUUGAAGAUGAUGAUGUGAAGUCGGAGUGUGACCUGCCUUUAAAAAUCCUUGAAGUGAAGAAACCGUUCAAAUGUCCUGUUUGCUUCAGUGGUUUUUCUUCCAAAAAGACAAUGGUACGACACAUCAAAAAGCACCCAGAAGACAGUUUGUCACGUUACCAGUGCCAGUUUUGCGACCGCUACUUCUGCCACAAGUCUGAAUUCAUCAUUCACACCAGAACACACAAAGGCAUCAAACCAUACAAGUGCCAGGACUGUGAGACAAGCUUUGAGCAGAGGAACAGUCUGCUUGUUCACAGACAGAAACACUAUGGGGAAAAACCAUAUUGGUGUUUCAAUGAAAAGGUGGAGGCAGAAACUCACCUCAGACCAGUGACGCUUCCAAUUAAAAUUGAAGAAGAGCUGGACUGCAGACAGGAUGAAUCUGGCAUUAAGACAUUCCCACUAACUAUCACUCCUUUUGAUAAAAGCGAGUUUGAUCAGGAGUCUCUGCAGCCCCUGUGUCUUUACCAAAUCCAGACUGUUGCUGAUAUAGAUAAAGACUCCUCAGCAGUUAUGGUUGAACACAUUAAAACAGAGCCUGUUGGAGCUGACUGUGGAGUAUCAGGGAGAACCACAGAUGAUCAGUUGCUCCUCCCAGACCAACAGGGUGAUGGUAAGACAGAGCCCAGACAUCCCAACAUAGAAGACAUCCUGCCAAGAAGACCCUUAGGAAAAUCUACUGAGCUCAUCAUUCAGUUUGAAGCAGGAACAGCGCAGAAACCCUACAAGUGUCCUUGUUGCACCAAAUGUUUCUCUUUGACUAAGACCUUAAUAAGACAUGUAAGGAUCCACACAGAGGACAAAGCAUACCAGUGCCAAUAUUGUGGGAGGAACUUCUGUCAGAAGUCAGACCUGGUCAAUCACACCAGGAUACACACAGGAGAGAGACCGUAUCAGUGCCAAGAAUGUCACAAAUCAUUCGCACAAAAAGGCAACCUGGUGGUUCACAUGAGAAAACAUACAGGAGACAAACCAUAACAGUGCCAAGAGUGCAGCUUUAGUCUGAGGUCAUCUUUCCACUGUUGCAUGCAGAGCCACAGAAAGUUCAAGAAGUUAUCAGCUUUAUCCCACAGACUGUAAAGACGGACAAUGUCCCCCCACUUACCCCCACCACGCCAAAACACCCCGGGCACGGCUGCUGCCAUCUUGCACUGGUGACAUCAUUCAGAGCCGGAGGCUGAUCUAUAGCGAUCUAUGCGGUGGGGGAGUUCCAGCCAAAACACCCAUUCAACCAAUCACGAGCAGCCCCAUUCAAUGCACAGAUUGCUGAUGCAGCUGUCAGUCAUGGCGGAAAAUCGCCUUUUUGUAGAAUCGAAUAACUCAUUAAAAACAUAAAAAGAAACACUUAAAAAAACAUCAGGGUGAUGAGGACUACCUUAAGUGACAGAAAUUAUCUUUGCAAAAUGUAUUUGGCGUGUACUGUGAGUUUUUAGUUUGGCUUAUGUCCAUACUCUAACGUGGAGGG